GUCCCUUAAAUUAUAAGAUUAUUAUUAUUAUUAUUAUUUUGGGUUUAGUUUUGGAAGCUUUUUUUUUUUUUUUGUGUGGGGAUUUUCGGGGACUCAGACAGACAGUGUGUGUGUCCUCUAGGGCUUUUCUUCUUCUUCUCGCUUCUGAAGGAGAGAAGAGAAGCUUUUUCUGUGGAGAUUUGGGGAUUAGGGUCUCGGAUUUCGGUGUUUAAUCUCCAUGUGAAGAAAAAUGAGCUGCUUUUCUUGCUUUAGUCACCGCCGAAAGGAUGCGAGUAAGGUCGAGAUUGAUAAUGGCGCUCGAUCUUCAGGUGGAAAAGGAAAGGCGAAUUCCGAUGAUAUUGGGAAUGGGAAGGGAAAAGGAAGGGUUGGUAAUGGCCCUAAGAACAGCGCGGCGCGAAGCUUCACGUUCCGGGAACUUGCGGCGGCGACGAGGGGCUUUAGGGAGGUGAAUUUGAUUGGUGAAGGGGGUUUUGGAAGGGUCUUCAAAGGCCGUUUGGAAACAGGACAGGUGGUUGCCAUCAAGCAACUUAAUCACGAUGGCCUUCAGGGGUUUCAGGAGUUCAUUGUUGAGGUUCUAAUGUUGAGCCUUCUUCACCACUCUAAUCUUGUUACCUUGAUUGGCUACUGUACCGAUGGAGAUCAAAGGCUCUUGGUUUAUGAGUACAUGGCAAUGGGUAGCUUGGAAGAUCAUCUUUUUGAUCUCGUGCCUGAUAAAGUCCUGCUGAGUUGGGAAACCCGUAUUAAGAUUGCUGUUGGUGCUGCACGGGGUCUUGAAUAUCUCCACUGCAAAGCGAACCCACCUGUUAUCUAUCGCGACUUGAAAUCAGCAAAUAUCUUGCUGGACAAUGAAUUCAAUCCAAAGCUUUCAGACUUUGGACUCGCUAAACUUGGACCUGUUGGUGACAAUACACAUGUUUCAACCAGAGUGAUGGGAACAUAUGGCUACUGUGCACCGGAGUACGCCAUGAGUGGCAAAUUGACACUUAAAUCUGAUAUUUAUAGCUUUGGUGUAGUCCUCUUAGAGCUUAUUACUGGACGGAAGGCAAUAGACGUCACAAAGAGACCUGGUGAACAGAACCUAGUUUCUUGGUCUCGUCCAUUUCUAAAGGACCGGAGAAAGUUUGUGCAAUUGGUCGAUCCAUUGCUACAAGGUCGAUUCCCCGUUCGUUGUUUGCACCAUGCAAUCGCUAUUACUGCAAUGUGUCUUCAGGAGCAACCAACUUUUCGUCCUCUUAUUAGUGACAUUGUUGUAGCUCUCGAGUACUUAGCCUCCCAGAGUAGCAAAGCGGAACAUCCUAAGGACGAGGUUCGUACUACCCCAACGUCAUCACCAUCACAGCAGCACAGGGAUGGUUUUUCUCAAAAGUCAAACUAUAGAAUGAGUUCAUCUUCAGCUUGAGGUUUCUUUGUGGACGAGCUGCUGACUCUGAUCCAGUGUAUAGCCAAGCCCAAUGAAAUAAAUUUCUGAAAUACCAGUGUAAUAUGUCCGCAACCUAAAGAAUGGGGAUAGAUAAAUUUAAUUGUAUAUAUGUUAUCUGGGUUUGGAUAUUGUGGCGUAUUUAUCGUUCAUAAAUUAUGCCUCUCUCAGGUGAGUAAUCGGUUGGCCAAAGAUUUAGGAAGGUAGCAAUGGUCUUGUGGAGAUGAGUUUACUAUAUAGUGUUUAGCAAAAGUAGGACUAUAAGAUGCACAACGAGGACUAUAUAUUUUAGGAUUUUUUUUUAAAGAAUUUUUUAUGUUUUAUUUUAGCU